AUGGCUGCUAACUCUCCAACCAUUAAUCAUUUUCUCUUUGCAGAUGACUGCUUGAUUUUCACUCAAAGUAAUCUUUCUUCAAUCAACAAUCUAUUAGAUAUUCUUCAUAACUUCAGCACUCAAUCUGGGCAGAUUCUAGGUGUUAAAACUAUGAAUUCUAAAGAGAGAUAUCUUGGUUCUCCUUUAUUAUUAGGUCACUCAAAGCAAGAAGCUUUCAAAGCUAUUGAAGAUAACUUUAUGAACAAAUAUUCCACCUGGUCCUAUACUUCACUUACUCAAGCUGAAAGGUCAACAAUGAUUAAGCAUGUUUGCGACUCAAUUCCUAAUUACCAGAUGGGUGGCUUGAGUUUUUCUUUGAUUGAUGGAGCUGUCUUUUGGUCUCGAGUUGAUCCUGCCCCAGCAGUAGAUUCACGCUCUGCUGCUCUAGCUGCAUUUCUUCCUUCUUGCACAGGUGGCUUGAGUUUUUCUUUGAUUGAUGGAGCUUUCUUUUGGUCUCGAGUUGAUCCUGCCCCAGCAGUAGAUUCACGCUCUGCUGCUCUAGCUGCAUUUCUUCCUUCUUGCAUAGGUCUUAGGGUUGUCCUGCUGCUGUUGAUGGUGUAUGAAUUGAAGUGA